AUGGCCGAGUCUGUGCUGAAGAGUCCUGCCGUGCUUAAGUUUGAUACCGAUUUCUUUACGAAAUCUAGUCUAAAACCAGAAGGAGUUAUAGAUACAGGUGUGUGUGGGGACAUUGUCGUCGCUUCACUUCUGGACAAACCGGAGUGGAAGUUUAUCGUCAAGAAGUUUAGCUUGCUAGAUGAAGAGCGUGUGCCCAGAAACAAAACCAUGUUUAACCGUGAGGUUAAAUUCAUGCAGUCAGUGAGACACCCGUUUCUGGUAAAAUGCAUCUACGCCGCUGAAUGUCCCGGUUAUCUAGCGAUUUGCAUGAAGUACUACUACAGCCGUACACUGAACUUCCAUGUUGGCAACAUAGACCUGAGCCUGUCAGAACAGUGUGUGGUCCAGGUGGCAUGUGCGCUACGGUAUCUUCAUAAGAACAACCUGGUUCAUCUGGACGUAAAGCUGGACAAUGUGUUCGUCGAUGGACAGCAUAACGCCAUCCUGGGAGAUUUUGGUUUGGCUUUGGAGAUGCCAGCUGGACAACAAACUCUGAAAGCAAGAAAUAUUGGAGGUACUUUCGGCUACUUAUCCCCGGAGAUUAUGAAAGCAGCAGCAGAGACAGAAAUUGACCCUUACAAACUGGACUGCUACAGUCUUGGCGUUGUCUUGUGGUCACUGGUUUUCCAGAGAGCUCCUAAGCAAGCUGUCAACUACUACUUCGAGACCAGGAAGACACGAGAUCUCCAGGAAAAUAUCAGGGACAUGUUGCUCAGGCUACUUGAGAGAGACCCGGCCAGAAGAGUCACCAUCGCAGACUUCCUUCACAGAGUGCGCCGAGAUAGUAUCUACAGAAACAUCAUUGACACCAACUAG